ACUGUGGUGAAUUGAAAAUUUGUUGAUUUUUGCUCGGAAGAUCUGUGAUUGAGCUGCUACUUGUAAAUCAGAAAUUAAUUUUACUUUUUGGUUGUAGCAUUUUUUUUAUUGCAAUCUUCUCACAGAAUAUUAUCGACAUGAUCAUAUUUAAACCUUUGUUUUCUUCACCUUAAUUCUCUCUUUUGGUUUCCUAAAAACAACUUUUAAUUUUUUUUCAUUGCAGAAAAUGGCAGGAGGUAGUCGUUUCAGACAAGCAAAGAAGGUAGUUUGUAGAGGUGGAUCAAGUAGAGGAGGAUCAAGUAGAGGUGAAACCAGUAGGGAGACUGAAUCAAUUACACCUUCUACUUCAGUACACCCAGAUUCGCAAGAAGAGAUUGAGUGCAGUGGGACACAACAGGCUUCACAACAUUCAUUUGGUGGUGCAGCUCCAGCCACACAAGAGGGGAUAUGGCUCGUCGAUGAGCAAGGAAAUCCUUCAAGGCGUAGAGGGAGAACAACAUGUGCUGAUAUACAGAAUAUGCCGCCAGGGACACGAAUUCAUAUAGAAGUUAAUGAAAACAACAUCCCUUGUAACAUACCUGAGUCGACUUUGCUAGGAACAUAUCUUGGUGUUGUUGCAAGAGACCCUGUUUUGGCUCCAAUAUCAUUCCUGAUUGGAGAAAAUAAGGGUAUGGAGCCAUAUAAGAAAGAUGUUAGCUGAAGUUGAG